GUCGGGACGGGUGCGCUCCUAUCCCUGUUCGAAAUCUGAUCCAUCGAUGGUUUAAGAUCCCGUCAGCGACACUCGCGAGAACACGGUUUGCGGUUGCUUCUCCCCCUCCUCUUCUGGCGCAGGGCCGUUCUAUGACAUUCGAAAAUACCUGCAGCCUGAUCUGUUUGACACCGUAGAGAAAAGCUGUUCCCUUCGCACUCACCGCGGGUCUAUCGUCUCUGGGCUCUUCCAAGCUCGUCAUCAUCGGUGGCCUCGCCGAGCUGUUUGCAGGCUCAAUCUCAAUGGGCUUGGGUGCGUACCUCGCAGCAGUGACCGAGAAGAAGCAUUACGAGGUCGAAGAACGUCGGGAGAGGCAAGAAGUCCUUGAGAAGCCAGUGGCAGAGGAAGAAGAGAUCUACGAGAUCUUCGAGAAAUACGGAAUCAGCAAGGCCGACGCGAGCGGUGUGGUUGACGGCCUGAAAGCCAACGAAGACAUGUGGGUUCAAUUCAUGAUGGAUUUCGAGCUCAAACUGCAGAAACCUGGCUUGAAGAUGGCUUGUGUCGAAGGUCUCGUGAUGGGCGUGUCUUACUUACUCGGUGGCCUUCUUCCAAUGAUUCCAUACUUCGCCUUCAAGACGGUCAACCAUGCUUUGUUCACGUCCAUUGGCGUCACCACAUUUGUGCUGCUUACUUUCGGUUACGUCAAGGCAGUAGCGACCGGUUGCCGUUCGAAAGACGCCGUAGUCAGUGCGGCGCAGACGUUCUUGGUGGGUGCAGCGGCGGCGGGCGUGUCAUUCGGCAUCGUCAGAGGGAUCAAUAGCGCUUACCACAUGAAGGCAACGGGAGUGUAAUCUAACAUAUCCGUUGCAAGAGUCCAUCCAUCUGUGUGAACCUUACCUCGCAUGUUAUUGUGCGCCGAAUUGACUAUGACCAGGAUCAUGUCAUCUGGUGACGGACCUCGCAACUGGAUAUCUCGUCAUUCUGCACAUGCCAAACACGCUAUCGGGCCAGAUUAUCCGUUCGACAUUGUAUGAUAUCUGCUCUUGUCAAAGCGCGCCACUUGGUGAAAUUCGAGCAUUG